GGCAUCCCAAGUGCACCGCUCCCCCCACGCCUUGCCCCAACCCACGAUGGUCUGGGAGCUGCACCCAGGGCUCGGCGCGGGCGGUCCCGCAACAGCACCGAGCGCUUCGGUCGCCGGGCGGCAGUAGCGCCCCCUCUCAGAGCCCCGCUCACUCCCACCUGGGCUCGCUCCGAGUCGGCCUGUCUGUCGGGCCCGCCCUCCCGGCUCACUCCCUCCGCCCUCGUGCUCCUCCCGGGGUGCUUGGCACAGCCUCGGAUUCCUCCCUCUCGCUGCUCGAGUCAGUUUCCCUAUCGGCGGCGGCGGCAGCAGCCGCGGUGGCGGCGUGGGGAACAUCUCGGCAGCCACCGCGCUUCUCGCGCUGGAGCGGGUGUCCAGCUUGGCUGCCCUCGGUCCUUCCCUGCCACGUUUCGGGUCGCCCCGCGUCCCCCACCCAGGCUAGCUUCUCUUCAAAGUGGAAAGGGCGCCUUGCAGGAUCCCGCCGCCCCUCCACCCGGAUCCUAGGUCUGGCGCUCCCCAGAGCGAGGCGCUCGCCAGGACUCCUGCCCCGCCAACCCUGACCGCCGGGGGGUGCCCCAGGGACGUAGCGCCGCGGAGAGGAAGCGGCAAAGGGGACCAUGCGGCGCCUGACUCGUCGCCUGGUUCUGCCAGUCUUCGGGGUGCUCUGGAUCACGGUGCUGCUGUUCUUCUGGGUAACCAAGAGGAAGUUGGAGGUGCCGACGGGACCUGAAGUGCAGACCCCCAAGAAUCGAAAAUACUUUGCAGCUGACCCAUUUCAUUCUGAAUGCAAUUUCAGCACCCCAGUGUAGCUCCCCUGCUCUCCCUCCCAGGCAUGGAACAGCCAUGGCCCAAGAUGAGGCAUGUCCACCUUCGGACGCUGACUGGGACGACCUGUGGGACCAGUUUGAUGAGCGGCGGUAUCUGAAUGCCAAAAAGUGGCGCGUUGGUGACGACCCCUAUAAGCUGUAUGCUUUCAACCAGCGGGAGAGUGAGCGGAUCUCCAGCAAUCGGGCCAUCCCGGACACUCGCCAUCUGAGAUGCACGCUGCUGGUGUAUUGCACGGACCUUCCACCCACUAGCAUCAUCAUCACCUUCCACAAUGAGGCCCGCUCCACGCUGCUCAGGACCAUCCGCAGUGUAUUAAACCGCACCCCUAUGCAUCUGAUCCGGGAAAUCAUAUUAGUGGAUGACUUCAGCAAUGACCCUGAUGACUGUAAACAGCUCAUCAAGUUGCCCAAGGUGAAAUGCUUGCGCAAUAAUGAACGGCAAGGUCUGGUCCGGUCCCGGAUUCGGGGCGCUGACAUUGCCCAGGGCACCACUCUGACUUUCCUCGACAGCCACUGUGAGGUGAACAGGGACUGGCUCCAGCCUCUGUUGCACAGGGUCAAAGAGGACUACACGCGGGUGGUGUGCCCUGUGAUCGAUAUCAUUAACCUGGACACCUUCACCUACAUCGAGUCUGCCUCGGAGCUCAGAGGGGGGUUUGACUGGAGCCUCCACUUCCAGUGGGAGCAGCUCUCCCCAGAGCAGAAGGCUCGGCGCCUGGACCCCACAGAGCCCAUCAGGACUCCUAUCAUAGCUGGAGGGCUCUUCGUGAUCGACAAAGCUUGGUUUGAUUACCUGGGGAAAUAUGAUAUGGACAUGGACAUCUGGGGUGGGGAGAACUUUGAAAUCUCCUUCCGAGUGUGGAUGUGCGGGGGCAGCCUAGAGAUCGUCCCCUGCAGCCGAGUGGGGCACGUCUUCCGGAAGAAGCACCCGUACGUUUUCCCUGAUGGAAAUGCCAACACGUAUAUAAAGAACACCAAGCGGACAGCUGAAGUGUGGAUGGAUGAAUACAAGCAAUACUAUUACGCUGCCCGGCCAUUCGCCCUGGAGAGGCCCUUCGGGAAUGUUGAGAGCAGAUUGGACCUGAGGAAGAAUCUGCGCUGCCAGAGCUUCAAGUGGUACCUGGAGAAUGUCUACCCUGAACUCAGCAUCCCCAAGGAGUCCUCCAUCCAGAAGGGCAAUAUCCGACAGAGACAGAAGUGCCUGGAAUCUCAAAGGCAGAACAACCAAGAAACCCCAAACCUAAAGUUGAGCCCCUGUGCCAAGGUCAAAGGCGAAGAUGCAAAGUCCCAGGUGUGGGCCUUCACAUACACCCAGCAGAUCCUCCAGGAGGAGCUGUGCCUGUCAGUCAUCACCUUGUUCCCUGGUGCCCCAGUGGUUCUUGUCCUUUGCAAGAAUGGAGAUGACAGACAGCAAUGGACCAGAACUGGUUCCCACAUCGAGCACAUAGCAUCCCACCUCUGCCUCGAUACAGAUAUGUUCGGUGAUGGCACCGAGAACGGCAAGGAAGUCGUCGUCAACCCAUGUGAGUCUUCACUCAUGAGCCAGCACUGGGACAUGGUGAGCUCUUGAGGACCCCUGCCAGAAGCAGCAAGGGCCACGGGGUGGUGCUUCCCUAGACCAGAACAGACUGGAAACUGGGCAGCAAGCAGCCCACAACCACCUCGGACAUCCUGGACUGGGAGGUGGAGGCAGAGCCCCGCCAGGAUAGGAGUAACUGUCUCAGGGAGGACAGAGGAAAAUACCACAAGCCAAUGGGGCUCAGAGACAAAUCCCACAUGUUCUCAAGGCCGUUAAGUUCCAGUCCUGGCCAGUCUUUUCCUGAUUGGUAUCUGGAGACAGAAACCUAAUGGGAAGUGUUUGUUGUUCCUUUUCUUACAAAGGAAGCAGUCUCUGGAGGCCAGAGAGAAAAGCCUUCUUUGUCACUAGGCCAGGACUACAUUGAGAGAUGAAGAAUGGAGGUUGUUUUCAAAACAAAUAAAGAAAACCUUAGAAGUUGUCUCUGGA